AUUAAUAUAAAGGGCCUUUGUGGUGUGGUGUAACAAGGGAAAUGAGAUUAAAUUCUGUUUAACUGAGCUGUGUGUGAAGUGUGAUGAGCUCACGUAGAAAGGUACAGUAGUUGUCAAAGAUGGACAUCAAUGGACACCAACUCUCAUGCUUUUUGCUGCCGGCUCCAUAUUGGGUCUGUUAGAAUUUCCACCUGGUACUAUUGAGAACUACAUAAAGGCCAAGGUGUGUGUAAAAGAAACCCUGCAACUAAUGGAGCUCACAGAAGAAAUGUCAAUGAGCCUAGUGAAUUUCAGGAACCUGAGUAAUUCAUCAUGGCAAGGCUGUUCCCGUAAUAACGUCCUGAAGACAACGGUGUUCCCGAUCCUGUAUUCUCUUCUCUUCUUGCUAGGAAUCGUCCUCAACGGCCUAGCGGUAUGGGUGUUUUUCAGCCUCCCCAGUCGCUCACACUUCAUCAUUUACCUAAAGAACAUUGUGGUGGCUGAUGUCCUCAUGACUCUGACGUUUCCAUUUAAAAUCCUGUCUGACUCAAACAUGGCCUCGGUUAGUCUCCGCAUCUUCGUCUGCCGGAUUUCUUCUGUGGUUUUCUACCUUACCAUGUACAUCAGCAUCCUUUUCUUUGGCUUUAUCAGCAUUGACCGCUGUAGAAAGACUCUCUACCCUUUUGUUGGCACCAGUCCUAAAGGACUGACCCACAGGAAGCUCCUUUCAGUUGGUAUCUGGGUGUCCCUGCUGGCACUUUCGCUGCCCAACAUGAUUCUCACCAGCAAGCUACCUAAAUCAGACCACUUUAGCUGCAGUAGCCUGAAAACUGAGCUGGGCUUAAAGUGGCAUGAAGUUGUCAACCAUAUCUGCCAGGUAAUCUUCUGGGGUAAUCUGGUAGCAGUAGUGGUGUGUUAUACACUCAUCACCAAAGAGCUGUUCAAAUCCUUUGCACGGACUCGCGUUCUGAAUACGGAAGCUCAGAGCCAGCAGAGGAAGAAGAAGGUGAGAGCUAACGUGUUCCUCGUUCUCGCAGUGUUCUUCAUAUGCUUUGUGCCGUUUCACUUCGCCCGAGUGCCUUAUACCCUGAGCCAGACCAGGGAAUAUCACUUUGACUGCCGCCAGAAACUUAUCUUCUUCCAGGUGAAAGAGAGCACGCUGUGGCUGUCGUCUCUGAACUCUCUUCUAGACCCGCUCAUCUAUUUCUUCCUCUGCACGUCCUUCAGGGACUCGUUGUUCAAGCUCCUACGACUCUCGCCUGGGAGGUGUGGGGCAUUGCAGUACAGUACGGAUACUCCUGCAGAGAGCAACCCUAUGGGAAACCGCUCAGCACAGAUAUAGUCCAGGGCGUUUUCUGUGACUCUUUUCCUAAUGAUCUUAAAUGUGAAAAAUUGGAGAUCCCAAAGGACCUACACCUACAGCAAUGAAAAUGUUGAUGUCUACCUGUAUCUCAGGAGGAAUAGUCAGUUAGACAAUUUAAUCUUUUUAAUUGUCCAUUUGAAAUAUGUUUAUUUUAUCAAAUGCAUAUAUUUCCUUCUGUUACAUUAAAAAGCCACCAAGUUGCAUGUAUAUAUGUAAAAGAUUCCUUCAUUUUCAAGAAAAAAAGAAAUAA